AACCGGUUGAUGCAGAGCCGGGGAUGUCGUAGCGACCAUCGGGAGAGACGGAGAGUGAGAGAGAACAGGAGGAGAGGAGGAACGGUGAGGGAGGACAGGGCAGGACGACGGGGCGAGUGCGUGGACGAGGACGAGGAGGAUUGUCGCAAGCAAGCAAGCAACUGCUGCAACGGGAGUGAAUUGGGACGGAACAAAAAGUCGAUCGCAGCGUCGCACAUCAUCUGAAGCAGCAGUAGUGAUAGCGACAAUUGCACACAUCUGCGACACCGCAAACACAGUCUCACGUCAAUACUGCUCUAACGAUCUGGUGCUUUCGCUAUCGUUUUCUCUUGUUCUCUCGCACUUUUUCUACCGUUUGCCUCCUCCUUGCCGCCUCUUUUUUCUCCAUACCUGCACACCUCUCCACCCACCAUGGUGAAACGGGCUCGGACGGACCAGCCUGCCGUCUCGGGCGAAGCGGUAGGAAUUGAAAUUGACCCAGCGAACGAAAACUCGGUGCCCAACCAGCAGGACCAACGUCGUGAUUCUGCUUCUUUGGCGUCUUCGGGCCCGCCGUUUUCCUCUACACUUUCUGAAGCGGCAGACCCUGCAGAGACUGCAGAGGUUGCAACAAAACCGACCUUUGAGGAUGUUGCAGGCGCUGUACGCUCCUCACUCACAUGUCCUGUGUGCACAGAGACUUUUUUCAAACCAUACACGACGCAUUGUGGACACACUUACUGUUACCGAUGUCUUGAUGCUUGGAUUAAAACUUCACGGACCUGUCCCUCGUGUCGGCAGAAACUCUACUUGGAGCCGGUGCCGGCAUACAUUGUCAAUGACUUGAUUUCUAGACUGUCGAAAUGUAUGAACGAGUUGCAGUCGGCGGCAAAAAGCGACCGACGAGCAGACAGUGCCGCAGAGGGCGGUCCUCUGUUUGGCGGCGUGUUCCUAAAACCCUUUGAACAGUUUGGUCGUGUGUUCCAUGACGCUGAAGACGGCGUUCUUCGUUGCCGUCGCUGCCAAUGGGAAGUGGAAAACGCAAACGAAUGUCUGCAUUGCGGGUAUCAGCUUCGUGAGGAUGAAGACAGCAAUGGCGACAGCGACCCAGAAACCGUGUGGUCGGAUGAGCUGCGUGCGGUUCGUGACUCCAGUCGACGUUUGCAUCAACAGCAGCAAGCUAUCACAACGCAUGGCCGUGUGCCUAUAACAGCUGUUCCGGACGACUGGACGGGUUUCGACAGUGAAGAAAAUGGCGACGACGACGACGACGACGAGCAUGGUGACGAUCUCGAGGAUGAAGAGUUGCCAUACUCAGGAGCCGGCGAGUAUGACAUGGACGACGACUUUAUCGACAACGGCACCUCCAGUCAGUUUCCUGGGGCCUCUCAGCCUGACGAGUCUUUUGUCGACCACGAGUAUGGAUUCGACGAUGAGGACGAGGAUGAAGAUGAAGACAACGAGGACGAUACGUGGAUUUAUGAUCGAAACAUGACUGAGCAUUCGCAUGCGCGAGACUCAAAGGAGGCCGAGGAACUGCACGACGAGUUGAAUGACUUGAUUGGCACUAGCAUGGACCGUAUGCGCGACAAAGUUGUGGGCGACGAUGCCGAUGAUGAUGAUGAUGAUGAUGAAGCGGCAUUCUCUCAUCAAGUCCUCUUGAAUGCACAGGCGCCGGACGUCAGCAUGCAGGAAGCUUUGUUGACCGAUCCUCCUUCUCCCGUCUUGCAGCAUCGCAGAACAACUAGACGUUCUCGCACCGUCAUUCAAGACGAUUCAGAUGAGGACGAAUAGAAAAAAAGAAAAGAAAAAGAAAUGCAAUCAAGAUCCCUUUGUUUUUGCUGCUCGUCCUAUCCGUUUUAAUCCACUUUCGUGUGCGUCUUUUCUUCGUUUACACAGUUCCCCCUCUUUCGUACACGCUCUUUCCUUCCCCUUACUGGCACCUAAAUUGUUUCUGAUUCCUCCGCUACUGCAGAUGUACACUACGAUGUGAAUGUUGAACCGAUAUAUUUCCUAGAUGAUCUGAGUGUGUGUGUGAUUGCACACAGCCCGUCGGCUGUUUAUCCUCCUACAAAAGUUAGCGUGACUAGACUGUGUGGACAAUGAACGGUUUGAACGCAUACCAUGGAGAGUGGAGACGAAGACAACAUUGUCCUUUGUCUCUAAGACAUAGUCCUCCUUGUCCAAUAGCUCCCAGUCUUGGUCGUUAACGAGGAUAAUGAUUCCAGGCCGACUACAUCACAUGUCAGUACGCAUGCGUUAUCAUUCUUUACGUGGGUCCACGUACACAGAUCCAUCCAUAACAAAAAGCUCGCAUUUGGACUCGUCCUCUAUCUUGUUUGUCAUGUAUUGAAUUAAAUCCCCAACGGUGGCAUUUUGACCGAUAUCCGUUAACUGAACAGUCAGUUCUUUCUGCUUGUUAAAAAGCAGAUCUAAUCCGCCACUGGGCACAUUUAAUUAGUAAACUUUUGUAAUGAACGUUUUUAUUCACAUACCACAGUUCCACCCGAAUGGACAUGUUAGGCUAAUGAAAAAACUGAUUUUGUGUGUUGGUGAAUAUGGUGACGAAUGAACUGGUUACAGCGGCAAAAAUAAAUAUGCGAC